UCUAUAUCUAAAUGUUAAAUCUAUAUCUAAAUGUUAAAUCUAAAUCUAAAUGUUAAAUCUAUAUCUAAAUGUUAAAUCUAAAUGUAAAUCUAAAUGUUGAGUUGACAUGUUAGACUCGAGGAUCGAACAUUCCCAUAUUUACGGUAAUUGUGUUCCCGUUGUGUAACAACGCAUGGAGAAAGCGCGGUAUUUUAGUCACUUCAUGCUGCAAGGCAAGAUGGCCAGUCCUGAACUAGCCCUUGUCAUAGAGCGAGCUGUUGCAGCUGGCGUUAGGGCGGCCCUCCAAGACCGACCGACGCCUACACCAGGAACAAGUCUCGUCGCAACAGACACCACAUCAUUGCCGUCGGUAUCAGCAGUGAUUUCAUCACCAAGUACAGCGACCACAUCACAGAGAUCGGUACCUCUUCCAUCUUUUCCCCAACGAAGUGGUGCAAGACCGGGGUUAAUAAGACGAAGACCUUACAAAACAUUCACAAAGGACAUUGUGUGUUUGCCUUGGUCGACAAACACAAUCUUCUCCAUACCAAGAGGAGACACCAGAACGAAAUUAGCGGAAGAUGGCCUCAUUGGCAAAAUAUCAUUUUCAUCCGAGUGGUCUGAAGUCCAAUUAAAAUUGGAAAUAACAGCCAUCUUUAGAGCCACGUUCGGAUUGUCGGAGAACCAGGAAUUCCCAUUUGAAUAUUUAUGCACCAUAAAGGGAUGUAAAAAACUGAUGAAACCCAAGGUCACCAACUCUUUUCCAUGGGGAGGAAAAGAAGUUGCGUCCAUCUGCUCAAACACAUGCCUGUACAUUUUAGCAGGAAUGCAGAGACCUGCCGAGGUAAACAUUUUUCUCUUCCAAUCUUUUGUAUAGUUAUUAUUCUUUUUGAUUUACAUAAAUAUGUAAUAUAAGAGGUAUUACAGUUUAUAUUCAGGUAUGUCCCUGCUAUAUUCUAAGAUAUUAGGCCCACACAGUGUGUCAAUGUUUGCAUGAAGUGAAAUAAAUCUGAUUAUUAAAAAUAAAAAACAUAUGAAAUAACUUUUUUGGCUAAUGGUAAACAACCCUCUUUCUGCUCAGGAGGAAUUUAUAGCAGUGUCUGAUGACAGUGACUUUGAAGAUCCUGCACCACGGAGAAGGAGAGCCCUGUGGAUUAUGAGGAAGAUGAAGCUGUGGAUGAGGCCAUAAGACGCAGUCUUUUGGAAGAGUCGGUCUUGCUUGAUUCAAGGUCUUCAGAAGUUUUGACCAGAGAAGAGAUAACUGGAAUUCUGAAAGCACAUGCCGAAAUGGUUGUUACCCCAACGCCGAGACCAAUCUUCAUAAGCCGGAGUAAUGUUUGGACCACUGCCUUUCGGCAAUUCAACAGACCCAGAUUUUCAGAGAGCUCUGGAAUGCUUUAUGUCACGUUUGCAAGUGAUGAAAUGGAGGAAGAUGCUGAAGAUUUGGGAGGGCCACGACGAGAGUUCUUUCGUUUGCUUGUGAGGGCUAUCUUCCAAGGCAGUGGAGCAUUUGAAGAGUCUCCCAACGGGUUUACUCCAAAGCUGAACAUAGCUCAUGUGCAAAACGGAGUGUACAGAACCAUUGGAAAGAUGAUGUCUACCAUAAUAGUCCAAGGUGGUGAACCACCAGCAUUCCUUGCACCACAUGUAGUGGACUACAUUGUGACUGAAGAUAUCCUGCAAGUACGUGUCACUCCUGAUGACAUAGCUGACGCGGAGUUAAGGGAUUCUCUGAAGAAGGUCAAACAAGCAAGCACAGUGGAUGAGCUAGAGGAAGCGCUGGACUGCUGUGACACAUGGAGAUUUCAGAUUGAGGGUCUUCCAAACCCAGUCACCAUGGACAGAAGAAAUGAAUUUAUUAGGAAUGCAACAUUGUAUCAUGUCAUCUUGCAUCAACAAAGUUGCUUCAAUCAACUGAUGGAUGGUCUAUCCUACUAUGGAGUACUUCCACUUCUGAGGGAACAUCGUAGCAUGAGAAUCUUUCUUGACAUGCCUGAGAAGAGAGAUGAGGUCACAGCAGAAGUUCUUGCUUGCCUCUUAAAGCCAAGCUACUCUGUCCUGGGCAGCAACAAAAGGCCAAAAGAGGAGCUCAUGGUUGUAAAGUUCAGAGAAUUUCUCCAGUGUGUGGAGAAUAAAGAGCUUGGUGAAAUCCUUGGGGCCAGAACACUGACUGAAGAAGAGAAGGACUUCGUUCAGAACUUGGGCCUCGGUCACAUCCUGGCUUUUGCAACAGGGAGCAGCAAAAUUCCAGCUGUUGGAUUCCAGCCAAAUCCCAAAAUCGUCUUCAUUCAUGACGAGAUUAAGCGUCAUCCGGUUGCGCACACCUGCUCAAAUGAGCUUCUCAUAUUUGUCAAUGCCAAAAACAUGGCUGAUGAUGACGAAUUUGAGUACUGCUUUGUGGUGGCCCUGAUGAAUGGAGCCUUGUUUAGCACCAUUUAAGGACACUUGUAGUGACGGCACAUUGUCACACAUGGUUUAAGUGUGUUUCGACUACUGACCUGUCAACUGCAUUGUAUAUUUAUGUUCCAGUGGCUAUAGUUAACUUUACAAUGUUUAGGAUAACCUACAAAUGUUGCUGUGAUGGUUU